AAACAUAUACAGCAUCUGAAAACCCUGAAAAAGAAUCUAAAACAGAUAGAAAAGCUAGAUUAAAAAAUAAAAGAAAUGCUAAAUAUAGACAUUAUCAAACAUUAGAAGAAGGAGAUGGAGGACCUUCAACAAGAACAAGGUCUAGAACUUCUAAAACAUCAUCAAACUCAAAAACAAAAGAAGGUCAAAGAGAUAGACAACGAGCACAUAGAGCUUCUUUAAAAUAUUGUAGUUUAGAUGAAUAUCAAGAGGAGAUGAAAGGGGAAAAACCAGAACUUUGUUGCAUGAAUGGUGAAGUUGUAUUAGCACCACUUCAAGCACCACCACCAGAAAUUUAUUAUUUUCUUACAGAAAAAGAUCCAAUAUCUAAAGUACUAUUUGUUGAUCAAAUAAGAGCAUACAAUCAAGCAUUUGCUUUUACAUCAAUUGCUACUGAUUUAGAUUUGACUUUGCCAGAACAAGGAGAAAUACUAAAAUUUUCUCAAAUAUAUUUUCAUGAUUCUUCAAAUAUUGAAGUACAAAUUGAUAGAAGACAUGAUCAUGGCAAAGAUAUGAGACAAUAUAAUGCACCAUCGGCUAAAGAAGUAGCUGAAAUUUGUUUUUCUGAUGAAACUAUGCAUGUAAGAGAUAUUCUUAUUAUAAGACAUGAUAACGAAUUAGAAAGAAUAUCCGAAUUACAUGGUGCAUAUGAUCCUUUAGCAUAUCCAAUAUUAUUUCUAUGUAGAAGAUAUGCUUCUAAAAUCUCUAAAGCUAAAGCUGAAGCAAGUGGUACUUCUAAUAUUGACUUUGGUACUUUAUUAGAAAGAGAAUCACAAA